GGGCCAAGCAACUUGGUAAUCUGUGCUAACUUAGUAUUUGAGACAAAACCCGACACUGUUGACAGACGGCCUUGUUGCUGGCGACUGUCUCCGGGUCUGCUACGCGCAUCCGACCUUCUGGAACUGUCUUCCGCGGGAGAUUCGGAGAUUCGCAAGGCAGGAAAAGGGAAACGGAUACAUCCUGUUUCGUAUUUUCCUUAGACCGCAGCGCUUACUUGUCUGCUUUGAUUCCAACACCGCACAGCCUCAGCAGGCUCACUACAUGUUAUGUAGGACUGCGAAUCACCGAUUUUCCGUCUGCUUGUGAUUUGAUCGGGAGACGAGACUUAUGCCGUUCGCGAACCAGGACUAGAGCAGACUAACGAUAGAACCUGUGUCGCCGCAGUAAAGUCACCCGCUGUAGAGCAAUCAAAUGUCUUUGCUGGUAAAAAGAAAGGAACCGAAAGUAAAAACACAGCUAAUUCGAGUCCGCCUUCAUGGAUUCGAACCCUUAUGAAAAUCGCCUGGACGACCCGGCACCUUCGUAUGAGGAGUCGCUCUCUUCAGCAUCUUACCACAAAGCCACAUCCAAAGAAAUCCCCAGCUCGCUACAUUCUCCACUGCCUCUUCCAACUCAGCUUGCUGAUGCCCGAACCCAACGAAUCAACUCCAUCCUAACAAGAUACGUUGACCCCCUCCUACUCUCCCAAGGCGCCUCAGGGCUCUACAAAACAACCUUUGUCCUUGUCCCCUCAUCCGUCUCCAGCCUACAAGAUGCAGUCAGCAACGCCUACACAACGCCCGUAGAACCCCAAAUCGUCGGCUUCCCGUCCAGCGAAGUCGUCAAGUUGAUCCGCCUCCAAGGCGAGGAGAACGCUAUGGAAUUCUGGCGGCAGCCCGCGGUUGUUGCCGAGCUGGACUCGGCUAUCAAGGCAAAGCUUGUAGCUAGUGGCCAUCGACUACAUCUCCCCGUUAACGGCGAAACAUCCAGCGAUGCUGUUGACGCGGCAAGUGCUCCCGCACCGUCUCCAGAACCCUCGGUACGCACAACGUCGGCCCCAACGAAGAAAUCCUUUUGGGGGAGGACGAAGGACUUGUAUUCCUCCAAGGGUCAGGAUUCGAGAGACGUUGUCAUCAUUGAUAGGAAGCUCGGUUGGCGGGCGCCUGGGGAUCAAAAUGACAAGGUGGCUGGGAAGAUACCUACGGGCUUGGUUGAUGUAUCUAUUGUGUGGAAGGAGGUGUGUUUGCGAAUCGCGAAUGAGAUGGGGCUGUACGAAAGCAAAAAAGGCCCCGCACUUUGCAUGACAGUUGAAGUUGGAUCUUAGUUGUUGUUGUUGUGGUGGUUUUGGAACAAAUUGAAUAAAAUCAAGGAUGUAUUCACCCCUACCCUUGUUGGGAUAAAACCUGAUAAUUCUUCUCAAACUGCUACAUAGUUAUGUAUAUAUAGCUACGCCGCUCUUAGGCCAAAUUAAGAUCUUUAUGGAAAAUGUAAAAUAUUUUUUUAAGGAAA